AUGCAUAAGAAUAAGUACAGAGGAAUCCACCAGCAAUGUGAGGAAGCAAGAGAGAAGCUACAGACCUGCAGUAGGAAAUCAAAGUAACCUUUACUGAUGACUUGUAUGCCAAGGAAAAAGAACUCAUUGACAACCUGCAAAAAUUACUUAAAGCAUCUCAUAGUCUGAAGUCUCAACAAAGUAAACAGGAAUGGAUUGAAGAAAAGGAUAAGAAUUUCAGGUUAUUCUUUGCUUGGAUAAGAAAGAGGAACAUGCAAAAUCAAAUUAUAUCCAUCCAAAAUGAAGAAGGUACAACUGUGGAAGGGACAGAAGAAAUAGCUAAGGUGUUUGUGAGAUAUUAUUCUAAAAUACUAGGGACAAAAACUGAAACCCUAGGUAUUGAGGAUAGCAUCAUUAAGAGUGGUAAAAUUCUGAAUUUGGAGCAGCAGAUGAGUUUGGUCAGACCUUUUAACUCUCAACAAGUUAAAGAGGUACUGUUCUCUAUCCCAACUAAUAAAAGCCCCGGGCUAGAUGGGUAUGGUAGUGGCUUCUUCAAAGGACAAUGGAAUGUCGGGGAAUUGGUAACAAAGGCUGUCCUGGACUUUUUCAAGGAGGGCCAAACACUGAGACAAGUCAAUGCCACUAAUUUAACCCUUCUGCCAAAAGUGACAGAUCCCAAGUGGCCAUCUGAAUAUAGGCCUAUAGCGUGCUGUAACACAAUAUACAAGGUGAUAUCUAAGUUGAUUAGUAUGCGACUGAGAGAGGUACUACCUGACAUUGUAGACCUUAACCAAGGAGCGUUUGUUCAAGAAAGGGAAUUAAUACACAAUAUUCUGAUCUGCCAAGAAAUUGCUAAGGGGUAUAACAGGAAAAAUUUCUCAGCUAGAUGUAUGAUGAAGUUGGACAUACAAAAGGCUUAUGAGUCAGUUGAUUGGAAGGCCAUUAAAGGUAUACUUCAUAGCCUGAUGUUCCCUGAUUUGUUUAUUAAAUGGGUUAUGUUCUGUAUAUCUACACCAACAUAUACCCUUAGCAUUAAUGGGGGGCGAUAUGGGUAUAUAAAGGGAGCAAAAGGAUUGAGACAGGGGACCCAGUAUCUCCACUGCUAUUUGUGUUGGUGAUUGAAUACUUGACUAGAAGUUUCAGAAGAGCCGUACAGAAUGAGAGGUUUAGGUAUCACCCCAUGUGCAAGGACCUGAAAAUUGUGAAUUUGUGCUUUGCUGAUGAUCUUAUAGUAGUUUGUAAGGCGGAUAGGUCUUCCAUUAAUUGCAUCAUGAAUGUACUGGAGAAAUUUAAGAAAGCAACCGGGCUCAGUAUCAACAUACACAAAUCAGAGAUAGUGUUUGCAGGAAUUAACAAUCAAUUGAAGGAGGAGCUCUUGGGGUUGACUGGGAUGAAACCUGGUAGGCUGCCUUUCACCUAUUUAGGUAGUCCUAUCACAACGUCCAAAUUGAAGAGGACUGAUUGUGAUACACUCAUAAGCAAACUGACCUGCAAAAUAUCAGCAUGGGGGUCUAAACAUUUCUCCUAUCAAGUAAGAGUGAGAAUUAUUAAUGCAGUGCUGAUGGGGAUAAUCUCAUUCUGGUCCAGAAUUUUUAUCCUUCCUAAGCAGAUUAUGAAAAAGGUCAUGGCCAUCUGUAAGAAUUUCUUAUGGGGUUGCUCAUACAAAUACAUGAAGGUGCCUCUAGUGAAAUGGGAGGAGGUCUGUCAGAAAAAGAAAUAUGGGGGGUUGGGUAUUAAAAAUGCAGCAAACUGGAACAAGGCAGCAAUUAUGAAACUCAAUUGGGAUGUUGCAGAUAAAAAGGACAUACUCUCGGUAAAAUGGGUACAUGGAAGAUAUCUCAAGUCAGGAGACUUUUGGGAGUAUACCCCUAGCCAAGAUUCAUGCUACUACUGGAAAGAAAUGAUCAAGGUCAGAGAGGUAUUUAGAAGUAUGCCAAGACAGAAACAGUAUAGCAUAAGGGAGGGGUAUGAAUGGCUGCAGGGUGAAGGUAAUAUCCCCCGAUGGAAGGAUUAUGUCUGGAACAAACUUACUCCCCCAAAAAUUCAUUUCAUUACAUGGCUACUGAUGAGGGGGAGGUUACAAACUAAAGCAAGAAUAGGGAAAUACAUUAACAUAUAUACUGACUGUGAGCUAUGUGGGCAAGCUGAAGAGACUGACAUCCAUCUCUUCUGGGAAUGUCAAGUGGCGCAGAGGAUCACUAAUACAUGCCUUAGUAACCACAACAUACCAGAGAGAGUGAUGAAGAUCCAAGAUUUGGAUAGGAUUAUUCAGAAUAAAGGGAGAAAGAACAA